AUGCCUCCUCCUGUACGCCACGAGGACCACGUCUCCUCCAGUACGCCACGAGGACCACGUCUCCUCCUGUACGCCACGAGGACCACGCCUCCUCCUGUACGCCACGAGGACCGCUCCUCCUCCUGUACGCCACGAGGACCGCUCCUCCUCCUGUACGCCACGAGGACCACGCCUCCUCCUGUACGCCACGAGGACCACGCCUCCUCCAGUACGCCACGAGGACCGCUCCUCCUCCCGUACGCCACGAGGACCGCGCCUCCUCCCGUACGCCACGAGGACCGCUCCUCCUCCCGUACGCCACGAGGACCACGCCUCCUCCUGUACGCCACGAGGACCACGCCUCCUCCUGUACGCCACGAGGACCACGCCUCCUCCUGUACGCCACGAGGACCACGCCUCCUCCUGUACGCCACGAGGACCACGCCUCCUCCUGUACGCCACGAGGACCACUCCUCCUGUACGCCACGAGGACAGUGCCUCCUCCCGUACGCCACGAGGACCACGCCUCCUCCUGUACGCCACGAGGACAGUGCCUCCUCCCGUAUGCCACGAGGACCACGCCUCCUCCAGUACGCCACGAGGACAGUGCCUCCUCCAGUACGCCACGAGGACAGUGCCUCCUCCCCCGUACGCCGAAGGACGCUCCUCCCCUGUACGCACGAGGACCGCUCCUCCUCCUGUACGCCACGAGGACCGCCUCCUCCUGUACGCCACGAGGACAGGCUCCUCCCCGCCACGAGGACCGCUCCUCCUCCAGUACGCCACGAGGACCGCUCCUCCUCCUGUACGCCACGAGGACAGUGCCUCCUCCCGUACGCCACGAGGACAGUGCCUCCUCCCGUACGCCGCAAGGACCGCUCCUCCUCCUCCUGUAUGCCACGAGGACCGCGCCUCCUCCUGUACGCCACGAGGACCGCGCCUCCUCCUGUACGCCACGAGGACCGCGCCUCCUCCUGUACGCCACGAGGACCGCACCUCCUCCCGUAUGCUGCGAGGACCACACCAUUUCCUGUACACCUCCUCCCGUACGCCACAAGGACCUUGCCUCCUCCCAUACGCUGCGAGGACCGCGCCAACUUCCGUAUACCUCCUCCAGUACACCACGAGGGACGCACCUCCUCCCCUACACCUCCUCCCGUAAGCCUCCUCCCAUACACUGUGAGGACCGCACCUCCUCCCGUAUGCUGCGUGGAUCGCGCCUCCUUCCGUACGCAGCAAGGACCUCGCCUCCUCACACACGCUGUGUGCGCUGUGCUUCUAAACCAGAACUAA